AUGGGCUCACAAAGCAAAGACCAGAAGGAACUGACGGUGCUCGUCACCGGAUUCGGCCCCUUCCGGGAGCAAUACCCCGUCAACCCGUCGUGGGAAAUCGCCAAAGACCUCCCGUCGCACCUCGCGCCGCUCCGGGCCAAGGACGCCGGCUCCCGAGACGCCCCCGAGACGCCGCCCGUCCGCAUCAUCGUCCACCCGGAGCCCAUCCGCGUCAACUACAGCGUGGUACGGGCCCUGGUGCCCUCCUUCUGGGACGCGGCGCACGAGGGCCGCGCCAUCGACAUAGCCGUGCACAUUGGCAUGGCGGGCCCGCGGCCCUUCUACCAGCUCGAGCGCCGGGCGCACCGGCGGGGGUACCGGUCUCUCGACGUGGACAACGAGCUGCCGGCCGAGGGGGCCGAGGGGCGGCCCGACGACGAGGCCUGGAUCUGGCACGGCCUGCCGGACGAGAUACUAACGGACGUGGACGUCGACGACGUCUACAACCGGUGGCGGGGACAUAGCUCGAAGGACAUGGACCUGCGCGUGUCCGAGGACCCCGGGCGCUAUCUGUGCGACUUCAUCUAUUACUCGUCCCUGGCGCACCUGUGGAAGGCGCAGCGCCCGCGCAAGGUUGUCUUCUUGCACGUCCCGUCCGACGCGUCGGGCGAGUUUGUCGCGAGGGGCCGCGAGCUGGCGGUGAAUUUGAUCAGGGCGCUGGCGGAGAGCGAGACGGCCGCUAGGGAGAAGGCGCUGCGGGAUGCGGCAGCUGGUGCGGACAAGUCCUGA